CAGAGCAAGGCUAGUUGUUUCCCCCUGUUUCCAGUCUUUAUGCUAAGCUAAGCUAACCAGGCGCUGCGAUAUCACUGUACAAAUAUGAAGAACUGUUGGCAAGAAGGUAUUUAGGCACAUUUCUCAAACUGUUGAAUUAUUUCUUUUACAUGAAUCCCCUGUUUCUUUAGUAGCAGUUUUUAUAUGUAUCUAGAUGUCUAAACUGAAUCUUAUCUAGAAUAUUUUUUCAUCCUAGGUUUUUAGUGAACAGACAAACAUCUGUACGUAAAAUGUAAACACUGAGUAAACCUGUCCAGGCACAUGUACAGGAACAGAUGAUAUCAGAGGUCUGGAUUAUAUUUUUUUCACUGGUGGUACAAUGUCUCCUGUUCCUCUGUUUGUAUUUAUUGUCUAGACUUCCUGUUCUGUUGUAUUGUACUAGAGUCAUGAAAUAUGAAGUAAUGUCUGUUUUUACUGGAACCUCAAGAGUUGAGUAAAAUAUAAAGAUUUAAUUUUCAUAACCACUUUCAGUGUGUCAUUGUCUUAUGAUAAAGACAAAUAACAAAUCCAGAUCCUGAGAUGUUUUAAGAGAUGGAAGUCAGGGUAAGGAUAAAAUUAUACGGCUGAUGAGAGACCUAAAUUGCAAUCCAACCCUGUUUGACAUUUUCCAUUCUCGGAAAAAUGCCAUCUAAUAAUAUACUUGUGUACAGAAACAGAUGCCAUAUGCCUACCUGUCUGUGUUGCUGUUUGGGCUUGGAUUUUCUGGAAGCCGAAGGGCAUUGUGGGAGAUUUUUAGGGCCGUAGGAAUAUACUCAGCAGAGUCAGCCAAGUGCUAAUACCCUAACUGUACACACAUACAGGGAGGGGGGAGAGAGAACAGCUUUAGUGAGGAUUUUCUCCGUAUUAACCCAGCCAGCUGGAGUACAGGGAAGACGGACGCGUUCAGAAAACAAACAGUUUUAUUUUGAAACAAGACCAGAGUGUAAGAUGGGUAGGGGUUGGAUCAGUGUGAGUAAAGUGAGACGCAGAGUAGGCUGAAGUAGGUUUUCUCAAGCGAGUCACUCAAAAGAAAGAAAUCUGGAAAAGUGGCUAUAAAAAAAGUGCUGUGUGUUUUGCAUGAAGAUGUCAACCUGAGAAAGUUUCACCACCAGCUGUCCAAAGACCACAGAACGGAGCAGGAUGGGACACCCUAAUGUGCCACUCACAUACAGCUACACCCGUUCUCACAGGGAUAAACGCAGAUCCAGUCGACUGCAACCGUACACACCAAACGACAACCUGAACAAUGCAUUAGGUGCCAUUAGAGUCCUUGGUUUGGAGCUGAUUGAGGAUGAACUUAAACCACAUCUGAACACAGUGCUGACCAACAUUAAGGAGAGGAAGAAAGGCGCUGCUGAGCAGGUAGUGAUCAGUGGGAUCCUGCCGAUCCUGGCCCUGUCUCUGAGGAGCAGAGGGCCCCUCACUACACUGACUGCAAGACUAGUGGCUGAACUCGCCAAGGAAUCUGUGGUGCGUAAAGGUUUUGGUGACUCAGGCUUGGUUACAGCUCUGCUGUCGGUGCUGACCAGUACAGACCAAGAACUGCUCCUUAACGCUGCAAUGGCCAUCUCACGCAUGACUUAUGACAGCUCAAAGCACCAGGAACUGUUACUACGUCGAGGUGCCGUGCCUCGUCUUGUUGCCAUCCUGAUUCGUUUCCCUGAUAAGGAGGCCCUGGAGGAGGUGUGCCUGCAGGCCCUGUGCAACCUCAGUGGCAUGGGAGUGGCAGAGGAGGCAGGGAUGGUCUGGGAGAGGGGUGCGUCUGUUAGGCCGGGGGAGUCUGUGUUUCAUGGCGUUUCUCCUCACACCUGUGGUUUUGCUUCCUCUGUGACUCUCGUGCGUGUGUCUCAGUGGGCACCGGGUCAGUAUGCGGUCAACAUCGAGGUUUUCCAGCGUUGCUCCUCCUCCUUCUGGAACCUUCACGGGAACAAGCGGACUGCUCGUUGGUUCCCGAUCUCCAGCUUGUGGAAUUCUUCAAAUCUGUACAAGCUGAUGAAGUUCUCUACGAGGAACGUUCCUCGGACAAAGAGUCUGAGGACUCGCGUAUUCCACACUUUUCUGUGACAGCUGAAAUAUUGCAAACAUGGUGGCCUAACCUAACUGCUAACAAAACUCUCUGAGUGUUGACGUGCAAAAGAACAUCAGGGAAUGUUUACACACAACAAACCCAACAUGCACACAUGGAUCUCUUUAUCUCUGUUCCUGUUGACUUUUAUCUUAUAUUUUUGUUCUUUUUGUUGGCGUUCAUUGGCUGAGUUUGUAAGUUUUAUUCCGAAAAUUGACUUUUCAACUACCCACUUCUUGUAAAACAAAGUUAGUGGCAUUUCCUUCUGGCUUAUUCAGCUUUUAUGGGACUAUGCUACACAUUUCCCACGCAGGAAAAUGAUACAAAUAAAAAAAAUAAAAAAAGCUGUAUCUAAACAUGAAAACCUUAAUGAAUGCUAUGAUGACGUCCUUGCUGACAGUUUGUUCACAAGUGCUUGAAAUCGUUGUGAAUUUCUAUUCCAGGCAGCAAUAUUGAUAUAUUGAUGUACUUUUCUAUAUUACAAUUAUAUUUUAUUAUGGCUCAUUUAAUUUUACCCCAUGUUUUUGAUUGUCUUUGACAUCCACUUUAAAUAAUAAAAUAU